GCAACUCCUUUUGACCAAGUGCUGAUAUAAAACCCCUGCUACAGUCCUGCGCCUUUCUCUCAUUUCAUUUCACUUUGUCUUUCACUUGUUUGUACCUCCGUAACGCGGCGGAUCCCUGCCCGGAGAUCGUCUGCUUCUAGCCAUGAGUAAAACGAAAGAAACUGUGGAGACAAGAGCAGUAUGGGGCAGACAGCUGGAAUUUAUCCUGACUAUGGUCGGCUAUGCUGUUGGCCUUGGCAACGUCUGGCGCUUCCCUUACCUCUGCUACAAAAAUGGCGGCGGGGCUUUCCUGGUGCCGUACACAUUGAGCCUGAUUCUCCUGGGGAUCCCAGUCUUUGGCCUAGAAGUCUCAUUUGGACAGUUUGGUGGCCGCGGACCUAUCAGCAUCUGGGGCAUCAACCCUUCGUUUAAAGGUGUCGGAUAUGCUGCAGUCAUCUCCACCGUCCUGGUCGCCAUCUACUACAACGUCAUUAUUGCGUGGUCGUUGUACUACCUGGUGUCGUCUAUGACGUCAGUGCUGCCCUGGUCCUUUUGCAAUGACUGCAGAUGCAUUCUGUACAACUUCAUGCAGAACACCACAUUAGAAGCAAGGAAAUGCAAGCCAACUGAAUUGCUUGAGAUUUACUUCAACGAGAGGGUCUUGAACAAGACGUCGAGCAUUGCCGAGGCGGGAGAGCUACAAACGCAUCUUACCGUCGCCAACUUGUUUGGGUGGGCCUUGGUGUUGAUCGUGCUCUCCAAGGGUAUCCAGUCUCUGGGAAAGGUGGUGUACUUCACAGCCUUGUUCCCUUACGUGCUGCUAACCAUACUUCUCGUCAGAGUGGCCAUGCUGGACGGAGCGCUGGAGGGUGUCGCCUUCUACUUGACCCCAGACUGGUCUCGCCUGGCAGAUGCCAAUGUAUGGAGCGACGCCGCCGUCCAAAUUUUCUUCUCUCUCAGCGCCUGCCAGGGCGGCCUCAUCGCCUUGUCCAGCUACAACAAGUUUAAUAACAACGUGCUCAGGGACUCGCUGAUGGUGCCAAUCAUCAACUGCAUGACGAGCUUCUACGCUGGUUUUGUCGUCUUCAGCGUGCUGGGCUACAUGGCCAAGAUUCGCGGAGUAGGGGUUGGGGACGUGACUAAAGGAGGUCCUGGACUUGCAUUCGUCGUCUACCCCGAAGCAUUAUCACAGAUGCCUAUUUCUCCCCUCUGGGCUGUCCUCUUCUUCCUCAUGAUCUGCAUGCUUGGCUUCAGUACAGCGUUCUCUGCUGUGGAGACAAUCAUGACAUCAUUCAUUGACGAGUUCCCUAGCCUGAGCGGCAAAAAGCGGGCGUUUAUCUUCAGGGCUUGUGUUUGCGCACUGGGCUUCAUCCUCGGGCUUCCGAUGGUCACUCAGGGAGGCUCCUACAUCCUCGACGUCGUAGACGGCUACGUUGUCGGCUUCCCAACGCUCUUUGUCGGCCUCUUUGAACUCGUCUGCAUCGCGUGGGUGUACGGACACAAAGAAUUCAGUAAGGAUGUGAAGGCUAUGAUCAAGCGCGGACCAUACAAAUAUUUUGUCGUCUGCUGGGUUUUCGUCUCGCCGCUCUUAUUGGUGGGCAUAAUCAUCUUUAAGGCCUAUCAGUACGUGCCGCUGACAGCAAACAAGGAGACUCAUUUCCCCUGGUGGUCAGAGAUGAUGGCAUGGGGCUGUGCACUAUUUCCUAUUUCCUUCAUCCCCGGUUGGUUUUAUUACUACACCUGCACAGGCGGUCUCUGGAAGAAAAUUCGCGAGCUGAAUAUGCCGCUGGAAUCAUGGACAAGCCGCCGCCAGCUGUCGCAAAUAGAUGACUCCAGCAGAGAGAACGGCAAGAGUGAAAGGGAGGACGAUAGAAAAGACGGCAUGCAGGAGGUGUGCAACGACGGCGACAACGAAGGCACGAAGCUUCCACAGAUUGUCAUCGCCCAGGGGCUGGACGGGAGCCCGAGGCCGCUCAACGUGCGAGUCACUGCACAGCACUACCCGAAUCUUGCGGUCUUGGACAACAUGACCAUUGCUCAGCAAACCCCUGGUAACGCAGCGUUUGACAACCCGGCUUACGUCGCACAUGGUCCUGAUGAUGUGGCCCAGACGCGCUUCUGAUGGCUUGACAGUGCCUGCGGAGUCAGUCUUUUUUUUUUUCCCCUUAUCGCCAGGUCGAGAUUCGCAGACCUUACACAAGCGGAUGCAAAAUCUUUCGUGUCACCUGACAAACAAUGAUUCAGUAGGAAUGUCAGAAUAUAUCCAUGAAUGUGCAUGUUUGUCUGCGUGUGUGUGAAAGAGAGAGUAAACAAAAUAAUCGGUUACACGAGCAAACGAAAAAAAGUGAAAAUGAUCCUAUGAAAUAUCUUUUAUAUCAAAAGAUAGAAAUCAUGUAUACGUGUUAAAAUAAUCCAUUAGAAUUGCGUGCGUCUUUUUAAAAGUUCCAUGUUUUUAUGAAUGUUCAAAUCUGUUUCUGAUUAUUCAGUAUUUUUAACCGAACUGUUAUCGAAAAACAGAAUGAGCAAUUAAUCCAGAACAAAAGAGAAAGAAUGGUCACUUCAGUGAUUAAACCUCUGAUGAGCAGACA